UGAGAGUGGUUUCAGGUCCAGCCCAAGUUCCAGUUGCUCCAGUAAAUGAUGUCUCGCAGUCUACAGAAGGCUUCAAAGGAAAGUGAAUCGCCUCUGCAUCUUCUAAUCUUAGGGACGUCGAACAUCAAGAUGAAGCAAGUUCCCUGUGAUUUUAUAUAUUCAUACAAAGUUCAAGCUUUGGAGCAAGCCUAAGCUUCGUAGAAAGUGCAAAUUUGGCAUAAGCUGGAACUCCACAGUGGUUAGUCUUAGCAGUCAUGACCACAAAAUAGGGUCAGGCUUCACAGCAAGUUGAAGGACCGCUCUUGCAGAUUGCAGACCUGUUGCAAAGUCAUUUUACACACUCUCAAGCUCUAUAACAAGCUCUAUAACAAUCUUAUACUGUACACCGUGGUUGAUCGUUGUUAAAAGGUUGAACCCCCUGCUGCAAAAUGGCAAGUUCUAGCAUACAGGGAAGACGCAUUCUAGAAUCUGAGGCAAGGAACUUUCACCUCCGCCUCGUUUGCACUGUUUUGGAACCCUCACGGCGACCUCUGAUGUGUAUUUUCAAAGAAAUGACAAAAGGGAAAUUGCCAAAGGAAAACUUUAUAGAAUAUUUGGAGAGGAUUAAGAAGAAACCCAAGGGGAAAACAUUCAACAAGACACAAGAGAAGACAAUUAAAAGUGAUGUAUCCUGCAAUUCCUUUGAUAUUACUCUCUUGUUUUUUAUAAUUCAAGAAUAUUGUGAUAAAGUUGAAGACAAAAAUAAAUCAGUCUGGACAACUCAAGCUGACACUCUAGAGUACAAUAUUAAAUCAAUCAAAGACAACAGGAAUGAUGUAAUGCAUGAGAUUUCGGGUCUUGGGAAGAGAGAGUUUGACGACAGAGUGCGUUCACUGCAAGAGCUCCUCAAAAACACAUGGAAGAAGAUUGAAGACACAUUUGGCACUGAUACACAACAGGAGGUCUUGGAUAUGGAAAAAGAUUUAAAGAUAAUCCAGGAAGCACCCUUUGAGGACUUGCGUGUUUAUUUCAGAGAGCUGCAAGCUUUGAUGGACAAUGAAGGAGUUGCAAGAAUGAAAGAACAAUACAAGGACUACCUUUCGGAAGCUCCUGAUGUUCACCUACUGGAGGAUAGUCUAGGGACACGUAAACAGACGAAGAUAUUAGACGUCUUCACAGAAAUGCAGAUGAUUUAUAACCAGAAGAUAGAGAAGAUAGAGUUUAGAGACUGGCUUACAGUACUAGGUGAACGAACCAAAAAGAAUAAUAAGAGCAAAUUCAUCCUUGUUGAAGGCGUGGCCGGUGUUGGGAAGACAACUCUAACUAGGAAGAUUGUUCUUGACUGGUCGGAUGGGAACAACACAAUGGACCAGCUACUUGAUUAUGAGUUGCUAAUAUACAUGCAGUUUCGGGAGCGACACAUUAAAUCUUUGCCCGCACUGUUCUUGUCUGUAAUGCCAACUAUGAAAGGCCAAGUGGACCCAGAAUAUUUGAAGCUACUAAUUGAAGGCAAAAACAUCAUAUUCAUAUGCGAUGGUCUGGAUGAAAAAAAUGAUGAAUCUCAGCUACUUUUCAAGGAUAUUCUCCAAUAUGGGGAAAAAAUGCCAAUUACUGUAAUGUGUACCACACGCCCAGAGGAAAUUGACAGACUCGAUAUAAGUAGUGAAUAUGCUUGCCUACGUAUUAAAGUAGUAGGAAUUUCUGAAGAAAAUAGGAGUGAUUUCAUAACUAAAUACUUUAAAGCACGAGGACAUGGUAGAGAUCCCAAGGAUCUAGUUAAUUACUUGAAUAAAACAGCAGUCCGCCUUCAGGAGCACUGGAGGUUCCCAUACAACCUCAUGUGUCUUGCCAUGUUGUGGAUUCUCUCACCAACGAGGAUCAACACCUUGACAACAGCAACAGAGCUGUUUGAGGCUACUCUGGACGAAAUUAUAAAGAAACUGAACAGCAGGCAACCUGGCAAAGACAUACCACCUGAGGACAUGGAAGACAUAAUGGAAACACUAUUCCAUGUGGCUCUCAUUAACCAUAGAGCUGGUGUCGUAAUGCUACCUCCUGGUUCACUGCAGAUACUGAGGAACGAAUGUGGUCGCAUGAAACUAUACUGGGAGAACAUAGCGAGUACUUUCCUCAUCCAAACUGUUUCAUGGUCAGAAAGGAAAGAUUCUCAUUUUAGUUUCCCACACAAAGGUUUGCAGGAUUUUUAUGCGGCCAAAAGUAUCCUAAAGAAAUUCCAGGCAAACUCACCAGAUAAGGAAAAGGUAUUAUCUGGCUUUAAGAAACUUCUCAUAGAAAAUGGCUAUCUGUCAGAUCGCAGACACUUUAUUCUUAGCAAAGUAGAUGGACUACUGGACCCUGAAAACCCCAAGACCAUUCGUGAGGUCUUGCUUGAGAGAGAAGAAAGUUCCUCUAGCUCUAAUGUGGAAGACCUUGUCAGAAGGUCACAGAAUGUUCUCACUCAUUUGGUAGGCAUUCUGCAUUAUAGAAGUAAAGCCAUUGCAGCAGAACGAGCAGAAGAGUUAGUCCAGCUGCUUAAAGACUGUGGAAUAACAAGUGAAACGCAGUGGCUGGAUCUCCUAGAACUGACAAGAUGCGAUGGCACACUGUGUAGGCUGAUUGCCCCUCAAAUUUUACAAAGUGAGAGCAUCAGAGUCGAGGACUCCCGCGUACAGGCUUACACUUCAAUACUCCCUCACUGCACUGACGUUGCCGAAAUUACUGUGAAGAUUAACAAUGACCCACAGGACAUUCCUUGUUUGAAAGAGCUCCUAAGAAUCAUUGCUGGAAAGCAGUGGGAGUUAAAUCUGUUAUUUUCUCAUGAAUAUAAACACCCGAAGCCUGAUGGCAGCAGUAUUGAGAAAGAUAUACAACAGUUCAGCAGGUGUAAGAUGAACAUGAUCCAAGGCCAGCUGAGCUCCUCCUCCCUCGCGUCGCUGCCCAAGUGUCUGACGGAACUCUCUAUCUCGGUGGCUACCACAGAACAAUACAUGGAUAUUAGGCCUUUUCUCUCAGAGCUGGAUAGGCAACUUCCAUACUUGAAGAAAUUUCGUUUACAUUUACCUGCAGAAUUCACGGACAAGGAGAAGCUCCAGGCACUUCCACAGAAGGAAAUGCUGGUAUUGUCCCUGCAAAUCGACAUAGUUCAAGAACAAAGCCUUAAAUGGGCUAGUGAAGCAGCCAGCAAAUUGCAGCCUGAAGCUGGCCAGCUGGGCGUGUUGCUCCUGCACCGGGUGGGCGGUAUAGCGGACAAGGCGAUCGAGGCGCUGAAGCAGGAGGGCGUGCGGGUGGCCAGGCUGGAGGUCACGCCCCGGCCCAACGACGAGAAGCGCCUCAAGAAGAAGGCCAAGAAGAUGCUCGGCUGCGAAUUCGUCCCGUGGACGCCAGCUUAUGAGGGUGAUAUAAAGCCGAGUCAUAUACAUCUGAGAGAGAGUCUGUGAAAGAGAGAGAGAGAGAGAGAGUGAACGAUAGUGAGAGAGAGAGAGAGAGAGAGAGAGAGAGAGAGAGAGAGAGAGAGAGAGAGAGAGAGAGAGAGAGAGAGAGAG